AUGGAAAGAAGUAGUGCUAUAUCUUGGGGAUGCGUUUGGUUUUGUUUGUGUUUGUGGUUUUGUGCAAGUUGUGUCGUUGAAGCUAAGCGGGAAGGGACGUUUUCGAGUGAUGUGAGUCGUAGGAUGAUAGACAUGGGAUUAAGACACAGUCCUGCUGAAGCCUUCGGCCAUCCAGUGACUGCAGAUAGUGGUUAUGGAGAAUGCCCUGGUGGUGGUGUAGGCAAUAAGGGAUGUGCAGGCAACGGUGGUGGUGGUGGUGGUUUUGGCAGGGGGGGAGGUAUAGGCAAUGGUGGUCUUGGUGGAGGUUUCGGCAGAGGGGGAGGCAUAGGCAAUGGUGGAACCGGGGGUUAUGGCGGUGCGGGAGGUGUAGGAAAUGGUGGCUUUGGUGGUGGUAUGGGCCAAGGUGGUGGUUAUGGCCCAGGGCGUGGGUUUGGGGGUGGAGGUGGAGGUGGAGGGGACGGUGGUGGCUACGGGUAUGGCAAUGUAGGCGGUGGAGGAGGAGGAGGCUGGGCAAGAAACGGUGAUGGAAAGGGGUAUGGCGGUGGGUGGGGAUAUGGUUCCCCAGGUGGAGGAAAAGGUGGCAGAUAUGGUUCUUCUGCUUCUACGUCUCAAAAGGACCAUCCACGGUAA